UCGGCGCUGCUUCACGGAAAUAAGCGGAAACCUCCGACAGCGACUGACGCAGGACGAACCGGGACCCGAUCACCGGCAGAGAACCGAGAACCAGCAGGACGGAACCGAGGUUCGACCAGCAGCAGCAGCUCCGUGUGCGCAGACAUGAGGUUCUCCUGAUAGAACAGCUGCGGACCUGAAGGAGGACAGGCGCCGACAUGGCCCACGUAGGCAACGGAGCGGCGGCGGAGGAGGAGGACUGUUUUGAAGAUGCCUUCGACCGGAUACCAGCAGCCUGUAACAUGGACCUGCAGACGGCCAUCCAGGAGACCCAGUGUGCUCUCAACCUGGUCCUCAACAACAAGUUCUCUGAAGCCCUGGACCUGCUCAAGCCCUGGUGGAGGGACAGCAUGUACCACGCCCUGGGCUACAGCAGCAUCCUGGUGAUGCAGGCCACCAUGACCUUCGAGCACCGCGACAUCCAGGUCGCCAUGGCAACCAUCAAGGAGGCGCUGAACACCUGCCAGAGGUUCAGGAAGAAGAACUCGGUGGUCGGCUCUCUGUCCAGUCUGAUCAGCAAACAGUCCAACCUGCAGGAAGAGGAGAUGCACGCAGAGCUCUGCUACGCCGAGUGUCUGCUGCAGAAAGCCACGCUCACCUUCGUCCAGGAUGAGAACAUGAUCAGCUUCAUCAAAGGAGGCAUCAAGAUUCGAACCAGCUACCAGAUCUACAAGGACUGCCAGAAUGUGCUGAACGUCACUCAGGACCUGGCCAGCCAGUCGGAUUUGUUCAGACAGUUCGAGGGCGGAGUCAAGAUGGGAAUCGGCUCCUUCAACCUGAUGUUGUCUCUGCUCCCUCAGAGGAUCCUGAGGCUGCUGGAGUUCAUCGGAUUCUCAGGAAACAGGGGCUUCGGUCUGUCUCAGCUCAGGGACGGAGCUUCCAGCCACAGCUUGAGGUCGAUCCUUUGCGCUCUGACGCUGCUCUUCUACCACACCUACGUCUCCCUGAUCCUCGGAACCGGCGAGGGGAACCUGGUGGAGGCUGAAGCUCUGCUGGAACCGUACCAACACAAAUACCCCAAAGGCUCCAUCAUUCUGUUCUACUCGGCUCGGAUCUCUGCGCUCAGAGGAAACUUUGAGAAGGCCCGGGCUCGCUACGAGGAGUGCAUCAGCAGCCAGCAGGAGUGGAAGCAGAUCCACCACCUGUGCUACUGGGAGCUGAUGUGGACCCACUCGUACCAGCAGGACUGGAUGCAGGCGUUCCAGUACGCCGACCUGCUGUGCAAAGAGAGCCGCUGGUCCAAGGCGAUCUACGUGUACCAGAAGGCGGCCAUCUUGAGCAUGAUGUCGGAGGACGAGGCGAAGAAGACAGGCGAGGACAUCGUGGAGCUCUUCAGGCAGGUGGAAGGUCUGAAACAGCGUCUGGCGGGAAAAUCCAUCCCGACAGAGAAGUUUGCAGUGAGGAAGUCGAGACGCUACAAAGCUGCUAACCCCGUCCGCCUGGUCGUCCCUGCUCUGGAGAUGAUGUACGUCUGGAACGGCUUCACCAUCGUCGGGAAGCGAGCCGACUGCACCGAGGCCCUGCUGGUUACCCUGGAAACGGCCGAGGAGCAGCUUCGCAACGACCCCAACCCGACGGAGUUCCACCCAGACGACAGCUGUCUGGUCCAGAUGUUGAAGGGCCUCUGUCUGAAGCACCUGGGCCGGCUGCUGCAGGCCGAGCUCUGCUUCACACAGGUGCUGUCCAGCGAGAGUCGCAUCCGAUACGACCACUACCUGAUUCCCUUCACGCUCUACGAACUGGCUCUGCUCUAUAAGCAACAGGGAGACUUCGCCAAGGCCACGGCCUACAUCGAAAACGCCAAGACCAACUACAAGGACUACUCCAUGGAGUCUCGGCUGCACUUCCGGAUCCACGCGGCGCUCAACAGCCUCAAAGGUUCGCCUGUCGGGACGCCGUGACCCCACCGAGGCGCUCAGGUGUGUGGGUGGUUUCCACGCCGCCCGUCCGCCUGCUGCUCCUUCUGACCUCCUCUUCUGUUUUUUUUAUUAAUUUAAAGAUCCUGAGCGCUGAGAUUAUACGUUGACUUGCACUCAGACAGGCCUCCCGCUAACGUCUGCUGGUCCGCCGAGCCGCGGUCCAAUCACAGACGGCCACACAUGAGGCGUUUUAUUGUGAAGGGCUCGUUCACUCAGGGACGGCCGUCAGUCCCGCUGACAGCUUCUGAUCAUUUUGACGUAUAAAACUUCAAUCCUCAAACGUUCGCUGACGAUUUCUGCGGCUCGCUAGUUACUGACGAAUCUUCUGGAAACAAAUUUGUGUCUUUUUCUUACGUUUCUGUGUGAACGGGCCCUAAAAUCAAACCUUUAUUGUGAAAAGCAACCAACGAGUCACGGCCUUACACUACAGCGGAGCGUCCGUCGAGUCAUAAAUUGAGAGAAAUGUGUAUAUUUCUUGGAAAGAAUCAUAAAUACUGACAGAUUUCAGGCUGGGUGCCGUCCUCAGAUGUGUGCUUUAUACUUUCUUUUGAUUUCCUGACGACGCAUCACAGCCUUCUCACCGACGGUGGCUUAAACCGACACAGCAGAACACACUCAUUCCAAGCUACUGCCGCCAUAUGCACACAUUCAAUCGGCUGUAGACGCACAUUUAGCAGCAAUAUGAAGGACUGGUGCCGUGAGCUGGUCCUGGUCCAGUUAGCUGGUCCUGGUCCAGCGUCCACGUCCAGCCGGCUGCAGGUUGGGUUUCUCAGACGCAGAGGCUGAAGUCGUACAAUCGUGCAGAAAUGAAUAAUAACUAUUAUUGUGAAGGUUUCCUGCGUUAAACAAGACGUCCGGCUGCUGCCCCCUGGUGGCCGGAGCGAGCAGCGCAGCCUUAAACAACCCAACAGUGAGAUGAAAUGAUCUGUUUGUGUUGGAAGCAGCUCUGCGUCUGAGAAACACAACCGGCUAAACUACAGAGAGACUGAAAGCUUGACGUCCGUCCUGGUGUUCCUGCUGCGUAGCUUGAGCUGUGGGAGGGUUUCUCCUGUCGUACACCAUGAAGAGCAGCUUUACUGAUAAACAAGAAGCACAAUCCACGACCUCCCACCACCAUCAGAACAAGCUUUGUCGUUUGCUUUAGGGUAGUUUGAUACCAUUUACUUUGAUAUAAAUAUAAUAUAUAUAUAAAUGUUAACAGGAUGAACAGAUGCAGCUUUGGAAAAAGGGUUUCGCUUCAUGUUUGGCAGCGUCCCGGUGAUUUUAGGGCCUUCGUGACAUCUUUGCUUCCAUUUUUUAAACGCUAGCGAGAAGGACGAAUAAAGUCGCGACGGUUCGCCUUCUCCCUGCGAUGAAUGUACCUACACAAAGAAAAGACCAAAUUAUGUGUGUGUGUGUCUGUCUUUUAUUUUAUUGUGUAUCUUGUGCCUGUUUGGCUGUAAGUUUUCUUCAUGUCUUCGUGUGAUUCGAAACUUUACUUCCGAACAACUUAACUCGCCAAGUGCAUCGCUUUAAUGAUAGUAGUUGUACGAAAACGACCAGAGUCGUCUGUGUUGAAGAGUUGUGGCAGUGACACAAAAAAAGGCCUUAAAAGAGGUUCGAAACACGCACAACGUUUUGGUACGCAGUGGAAACAGCUCAUGGACGUUAUUAUCGACAUCUAGAAGCCACCGCGGCUAGCACACUAGCUAGCAUGCAACGUAAGACAUGCAAAGACAUAACCAAAGGAUGAGCCCAUUAGGAAUGAGCGUUAAAAAACUUAAAAGUUACUACAUAUUAUCUCUCAAUCUCUUGAAAACCUCAUUUCCAUGGCAGCCGCUAUUUCCAAAAACAAGCUAACGGAAUACUUCCACUUAGAACAGUCGUAUCUUAGUGGGUGUUCAUGUGGACUCUUCUUGGUAAAAACGACCCUGUUUGAAAGCAACAUGCAAUAUUUGACCACCUGCUAAUGCUAGGAAGCCGCUAGCAGAGGUUUUAGCUAGCUAACGUUGCUAUUGGAGUGAAGAAACAGCGAUUGUUAAAAUGUUAACUUUUAAGUGAUCCUCUGUGUGUUAAACAAUUGAUUGAACAAUGCUAUAUGCUAUUUUAGCAUUACACUCCUAGCGCCUUCUACAAUGUUAGCAUGUUGCUUGUUAUCCCAUAACAAGGUAACAUGCUAACACACUGAUACUGUGUCAUACAAUUGUGCGUUUUGGCAUGACAUUAGAGGGUAUGGCUAGCUAAAAGCAGAGGUUUUAGCUAGCUAACGCAGCUAUCAAAGUUGAGUAGCAAAGAAACAGCCAUUGUUAAAAUGCUAACUUUUAAGUGUGUUUAGCAAUUGAUUGAACAAUGCUAUAUGCUACUUUAGCAUUACACUCCUAGCUCUUGCUACAAUGUUAGCAUGUUGCUUGUUAUCCCAUAACAAGGUAGCAUGCUAACACACUGAUACUGUCAUACAAUUGUGCUAAAAAGUUAGCAUUGUCGCUGUGCGUUAUUGCUAACAUUUUGGCAUGACAGUGGAGGUUACAGCUAACUAAAAGCAGAGAUUUUAACUAUUGUUAUCUAUUGUGUGAUUCUCUAUGCAAUAAAAUAAUUAUUUAGUAGAGCUUUAUACUACUUUAGCAUUACACUCCUAGCUCUUGCUACAAUGCUAGCCUGCUGCCUGUUAUCACACAACAAAGCGGCAGGUUAAUAUGUUGAAACUGCGUUUUUGUGCUAAAAACUUAGCGGCGUUAAUGCUAACACGUUAGCAUCACAGUGGCUCCAGUUUGUCAUUUGACAUUCAAGGCUAAUUUUGUAAACAAGUAAUUGCUGAUUUUUGAUUCAGAAGGUUGUUUAAAUCUCUAACAGCAGUUUUCAAAGACUUUUCAGAAUCGUCGCAGUUUUAUAUUUAAAAAAAAUCUGUCACAAAAAAAAAUAUUUCCUGAUCAAAAAAAAAAGCUGAUAUUGAGAAUUUUUCUUUUGUGCUGCACAAAAGCAAAAAAUAAACCAGUGUGACAUUAAUGCAGGUAAACGUUACUGAUGAUAAAGUUUGUAGAACGCUAAUCAAAAUGAAAACGUUGAUCCGUUUCUGGCGUCCAUCUUUGUUUGGCUCCGUCACAACCUUCCUCCACAGAAGACUUUGGUUCUUGCGUUUCAUUUGUCAGUGCCUCUGUGUUAAACUGUUAAACGCAUUUCUGUUGGAUUUGCGUUGCAUGUUACUCUGCAUAAGCUUUUUCUUUUCUUAAAUGAGACUUUGCUGUUUGGUGUGUGAUUUACGGCAGGAAGAGAAAUUGUUGGACCCAAAUGAUCGGCGUUGCGGUUGGCGGUGGUGAUCCACACGGUGCAAUAAAACGAAAACAGAAGCAUUUGUGUUUUUUUGGUGUUUUUAUUUUAUUACUGUUGUUCUAUUUAUGUGCCUCUUUGUGCGUUUCUGAGUCUCGUGUUUCUAUCAAACUGUAAAUCUUUUAGGUUUCUAAUGAGCACAAAGGAAGAGUCGGUUGUGUUUCGGUACAGUUUGUGUCAUUCACGUCUUUUUAAACCAAUAAUGGAGGCUGCAGUCUGUUAGCAGUAAUAAUAAUUAUUAUACCCCAGGAAACACUUUUCCUCCACAUCACAGUCCUCGCCAAGGAACAGAUUGCUAUACCGACUGUUUCUGUGUGUUCGGCUUCACAGAAAUAAGACUGAUCAUGAUCUUCGUAACCAGUUUGUGUGAAACGUUAAGUGUUCCUGAGCUUUUCUGUUUAAAGGAAGAAGAUCAGAUUGUCUGUUGUUGCUUUAAAAGGCAGCGUUCAUCAGUGAAUAUGACCUGGAAACAGACAGAUGUUAGCAUUAGCUCAGCAUCGCAUAGACAGAAAUGGAGCUAAUGGAAAUAUUAAUGGAUCAAAACCGUUCUUUUGUUUAUUUCCUAAGAAACUUGAGCUAAUGUGCAUUAAAGCUGUUUUUUAAAUCUGAAAUGUUAACUAGAAAUAUGAACUAAAACAAAUGAUCACAGUCCAAACCGAAGUGUUUUGGAAGCUAAAUGAAAUUGUUAACUACCUGAAAAUCUCCAGGCUCUUUGGCUAGCUAGCAACCUGGACUUUAGCUAACCUCAAGCUCACUGUUAGCAUGCUUGAACCAAUUUGUUUCAGAUAAAACACUAAUCUCACUAACUAAACAAAAUAAACAAUUAGCCACUUUAAACCCAGUGAUUGUAUUAAACUGAACUUUCAGCUAGCCACAAAAAGCGUUGUUAGCAUUUGUUUUAGCUAUCAAACAGAGAUGUUAGCUAACCCCACAUUUGGUUUAGCUAUCUAACAAAACAUUAGCUAGCCUCAUAUUUGUUUUAGCUAUUAAAAAUUAGCUAACUUUAACUUUGUUUUAGCUAUCAAACAGAAACAUUGACUAACCCCACAUUUGUUCUACUCAAUAAACAGAACCACAAGUUUGGCUGUUAGCCUCGAAACAGCAACAUUAGCUAACAAAAAAAACAAAAAAAACAAACGAUUUGAAACCAACUUUCUUAAUGUUGAAAGAUUCCAAACCAAUAAACGUAUGAGUAAACAUAAAGUGUUUAUGACAUCAACGUAAACUGUUAGCCGUCUCAGCUAAACUUGAUGCUAAAUUGAACCAAAGCAAAGCUCAAGUGAACAUUUAGGUAACGUUUCUGAUGAACACAAUCAAACUAAGACGUCUGAUUGAUGCAUUUUCAUUUGUGCUCAUUUAACAAGUAGAUUAGACCAUAAACAGUUUCUAAACUAUCAGAUGAUGAAGUCACUGAUGCUUACGGACGAAGGCUUCCUGCUGUGUCGUUCUGUAUUAUCGUAAAUCAUUACCGCUGCAAUAUAUAUGUGUGUUGUCCAGAAUUACUGAGUGAAACGUGUCUGAAACAUUUCAAAAGCCAUAAUUCGAUUGCUAGUUGCCUUGAUGCUCUCCAACGAAGCUUCCUUCCCUGUAUAUGUAGAAACUGAUGCCAGAAACGCACCAGAUGUCUUCUGGACUUGUUGGUGCGACUCUGAUGGUAAAAUCCUUCUGGAAAAGUGUCUCCAAACGUAAAACAGUCGAUGUCUUGUUUAAAACAGUGCACUGCCGAUGCUUCUGGUGCGUUUGUGGCAUUAAAGUCCUCCAGCUGAUGCUUUCCACUCAUGUAGGAACAACGCUCGAUGGUCCGUCGAUCGGGGACGGUGUCAAUAAAGGUCUGUUGAACACUGCGUCUCCUCUGUGGAGGCAGAGACGGUCCACGUCUGUAAAGUUGGUUAAAAACAGUCGUUUUAUUCAUGAACAUCUUUACAGACGCUCUGAGGUGUCAGGCGUCUGUCGGCAUGAAGUCUCUGAUCAAACUAAAUAAAUCCAUCUGAGCUGAAACGAG